CGCGUCACAACUCAAUAAGACAUCUACUCGCUCUUGGAUGACAAGUUUUCUUGUCAACACGCCACCAUGCUGGCCCUUCGAGACCAGGAGAACCUCGUUCACACCCACCAAACCGUUGCAGCGUCGAAGCCAUUGAACCAGGGCGCCAGACAACUACAGCCGAAGACUCCGGGGAACCGAGCCCCGAAGACACCCUUUAAAGUGCCACUGAAGGAUGAGAACGACCCGCUAGCGCUCGGAAGGAAGACUGUGAAGACGAUUGGGAAGCAAAAUGAGAACGCCAGACCCUCUGUCAAGGAUGCUUUUGUCACUCCUAUGGGAGACACCCGUCAUCGUGCUCCCUUGGGGAUGAAGACGACCAAUGCCAAAGCGAGAGGCUUGCAAACCCCGGCAGCUCCUAUAGGGAAUAUAAAGCCAGAAAGGACGACCAAGAAAGGCUCUACUCAGCGCGUCAAGAAAUUCUCCCCGUUUGUGGAGCAGCCACAGCCAGAAGUGAAAGUGCAGCCCCUGCAGGAUGACGUGCCUGAUAUCGAGUACAUGCCGCCCAAGCCAAAAGACCUGCCGGACUACCCUGAAGAGAUUACGUACGACACUUCAUUCCCGCAAUUUCGCCCUGAAAACUUGGCGCUUGGUUUAGAGAGCGUUUACGGCGACGAGAUUGGGAGUGACGGCCUCACGAAACGACAGCGCAAAUUUCAGAAAGAUUUCGCCGCUUAUGAUAAGAUGGUUGACGAAAUGAUCCUUAAGCAAAUCGAAAGCAUUGACUUUGCGGGACUCAGCGAUGAUGAGCAGUCGAAGCAACCUCCGGUUGUAGAGCUUCCACAACGCCGCAUCCAAGCGCGGAAUCCCAGGGCUGCUUCAGUAAAAUCGAACUAUUCGAGUGGCGUUUCGACGGUCCGUGCUCGGGACGCAGCCAAAGCUCUUUCCGGCAACGAGCGGACUAUUCCACGAACUCGAGUAGCCCCCAUCAUGAAACCGAGAGCCAGGAUCGCUUCGUCACUAUUUCCCUCGAAGAAACCUCGGGCUCCUGCCAACCCCUCGUCAAUGCGACACACUGCAGCCGCUGCGGACUCUCGAACAACUGUGGGCUACACCAAGGGUCGAGAGGUGUCGUCUCGACUGCACGGCACGGCUAAGACCUCUACGAAGCAGCCUACAAAGAAACCUGCUCUGUCUUUGGAGACCUAUACUCAGCCAUACGGAUCUCCUUCCCUGGAAUCUGAAGGCGACCAAUUGGCCGAAGAGCUGUUUCCCACGUACGAAGAAGAUGAGGAGACCCAAAACUUUCAGCUAACUUUGUGAAUUAUGAGUUGUCCGAGAUUUCGACCAGGCCGGUUAUGCUAUCAUCAUUACCAUUGCUUUCAUCUAAUUUCAUUCUAGUUGUCUGGGUGGAGGUCGGCGACUCGGCGUGCAUCAGGCGAUUUCAGUCACGAAUCCUUAAAGUGCUCUUUUGAACGGGGCGUUUAUUGCACAUUGUUUAUCUGGGUGUAUGGGUUACAGGAGGGAUGGAUAUCUUUUCAUAUGAUUUAGCACACUGCUGCCAAAUGGAGUUCUUGCCUUUCA